AUGGCUGAAGAACAGUCCCUCAGUAGUUUCACCUCCCACACAAUCUCUGAUCUGUCCCACUACCUCGAGGGCGCUCCAGAACCGCUAGACUUUCCGCCCCUGGAAAAGCUCUCCCAGAUACCACCGACAGAUUAUGCAGCCUUUGUCCUGGACACACUCACCCUCAUGAACCAGUCACAGCCAAGUGGCCGAAUUGACCAGGAGAAACUUCGUCGCUGCAUCCAACUCGCAUCGUCUUUCCUAUUGACUGACCAUGGCAUGAACCCCGACACCGGGACUCAGACCUGGGGUAUUGGCCUGAGUCGGUUGGUCGAUGUCAUCGUCGCCCUACACAAGCGCAACGAACUCGAACCGGCUACUCUAUUCGCGGCAAACAAGGCAUGCAAAGACUGCUGGGUCACCUCCGCCUCCUUCAGAGGACUUGAAGAAUGCAGAAGUCGUGUGCGAGAGAACGGAACAAAGCUCCGUAACCUCAUGGAUCCCAACGGCAAGACCUACAAAGGCUGGUGUUGUCCGCAUCCUCGGCGUCUCCCCUUUCUUACCUUUCCUUUAGGCCACGCCGUAUCAUAG